CCCGCUUGGGUCCGCACCCGGAUGGCGAUGGCGGCGGCGGCGRCRGCGACAGCGACAGCGACGGGCGGCGGAGGCGGGGAGCGGAGCAGCACCCGGGACCGGCUCCUGGCGGCGCUGGAGGAUCUCGAGCUGUUGGCCAGGGAACUAAUUGAAAUUUUGGCAAUUUCAAGAAACCAAAAGCUUCCACAACCAGGAGAGGAGAGCCAGAUUCUGGAACUGCUGAUUCAGAGAGAUGCGGAGUUUCAAGAGCUAAUGAAGUUGGCGGUUGAUCAGGGAAAAAUACAUCAUGAAAUGCAGCUUUUAGAAAAGGUAGUAGAAAAGAGGGAUAAUGAUAUUCAGCAGCUGCAGAAACAGCUAAAAGAAGCAGAGCACAUACUGGCAACAGCUGUUUAUCAAGCAAAGGAAAAACUGAAAUCAAUUGAAAAAGCACGAAAAGGCGCCAUUUCCUCUGAAGAAAUAAUUAAAUAUGCCCAUAGGAUCAGUGCUAGCAAUGCUGUUUGUGCCCCUCUGACAUGGGUACCAGGAGACCCACGUAGGCCAUAUCCUACAGAUCUGGAAAUGAGAAGUGGUCUCUUGGGUCAGAUGAACAACCCAUCCACCAAUGGAGUUAAUGGACAUUUACCAGGGGAUGCACUUGCAGCAGGCAGACUGCCAGAUGUGCUUGCUCCUCAGUAUCCUUGGCAGUCAAGUGAUAUGUCAAUGAACAUGCUACCUCCUAAUCAUAGUAAUGACUUCAUGCUGGAGCCUCCAGGACACAAUAAAGAGAAUGAAGAUGAUGUAGAAGUUAUGUCAACAGACUCCUCGAGCAGCAGCAGUGACUCAGACUAGGUACAAGAGGGACAGUAUCCUUAGUAGACCUUUCCUGUGGAGAAGGUGACAGCUGGCUCAGAAAGAGGGUGACUAAAAAACCAUGGACUGUAGAUUUUUUUCCCAUUAGAUGCUCAAGUAAAAUGACUGGGAGCUGUCUGCUGGGGCAGAGAUAACAGAUUUUCAGUGAUUGUGUGAAUGUAUGUUUGCAACAGAUAUGUAUAUAUAUAUAUAUAUAUAUAUAUAUAUGUAUAUGUAUAUGUAUUUACAAUACAUUAGCUGACUAAAGUUCCUGGGAAAAAAGGCGUAAGGGGAAUCUCCUUGUUUGUUUGUUAGUAACUUUACUCUUUUGGUGAUAGCGCCUUUUCUAUGCCACAGAAAUGAAACAUGAAGUUUGUAAUUUUAGUAUCUUUUUUUGUUACUGCCUAAAUCCAUGUUCUUGAUCAUCUCCGUAUCAAGAACAAAAAUACGGCAAUAAAGUGUAAUAAAAGAGUUUGUAAUUAUUGUAAUAUAUAAUGAAUGAUUUGUCAUAAAUAAAGUCAGCUUUGAUCUAA